GGCGCCAUUUUCUCGAGCUGCCUGUUUCGGGUGCCGCCAUGUUGGUGAGGAGAAAUCACCGUUACGGCCACUGUCCAAAUCCCCGCGUCGGUGCACGCCGCCCGCCCGCUCCCACGCCACAGCCACCGGCGGCGAAUAGAGACUAGAGCGGCAGCGCCGGCAGCGCGGGGCCGUUGCCCAGUGUUUGCAGUUAGAGCCCCACCUCUCUGGCGUGGUUGUUAAUAGACUGGAAAGUCUGUGUCUGUGUCGCUCACUAGUAACCGUGAGUUUUUACCACUUCGUCACCUGUCGGCGGCGGCCGGGAGCAGGUUCCCGCAGGCGGCGCAGGGGUCUUCCCCGCGCCCCGCCGCCGCCGGCCUCGCAGACCUGCCCUCCAGCCCCGCCCCGUUCUUGACCAAACAUGACAGACUCUGAACAUGCAGGGCACGACAGAGAAGAUGGCGAAUUAGAAGAUGGUGAAAUAGAUGAUGCAGGAUUUGAAGAUAUACAAGAAAAAGAAGCAAAAGAGAAUGAAAAGCAGAAAAGUGAGAAAGCCUACAGAAAAUCAAGAAAAAAGCACAAGAAGGAAAGGGAAAAGAAAAAAUCCAAAAGGAGAAAACGUGAGAAACAUAAGCAUAAUUCCCCAUCUAGUGAUGAUAGUUCGGACUACAGCCUUGAUUCAGAUGUUGAACAUGCAGAAAGUUUCCAUAAAAAAAGAACUGGUUUCUACAGGGAUUAUGACAUUCCAUUUACUCAGCGUGGACAUAUAUCAGGAAGCUACAUGACAUCAAAGAAGGGUCAACAUAACAAAAAAUUUAAAAGUAAAGAAUAUGAUGAGUACAGUACUACCUACAGUGAUGACAACUUCGGUAACUACAGUGAUGACAACUUUGGUAACUACGGUCAGGAAACAGAGGAAGAUUUUGCCAGUCAGCUGAAACAGUACAGACAAGCUAAAGAAGCCUCAAAUACUGCUUUAGGGUCAUCAUUUUCUAAAGAAUCAGGGAAAAAACAGAGAAUGAAAGGAGUUCAGCAAGGUAUUGAACAGAGGGUUAAAAGUUUUAAUGUUGGUCGUGGACGUGGCUUGCCGAAGAAAAUCAAACGAAAAGACCGUGGGGGAAGAACCAAUAAAGGGCCUAAUGUUUUUUCAGUAUCGGAUGACUUUCAAGAGUAUAGUAAACCAGGGAAAAAAUGGAAGGUUAUGACUCAGGAAUUUAUUAAUCAGCACACAGUGGAACACAAAGGAAAACAGAUCUGUAAAUACUUCCUGGAAGGGAGAUGUAUUAAGGGAGAUCAGUGUAAAUUUGAUCAUGAUGCAGAGUUGGAGAAAAGAAAAGAGAUCUGCAAAUUUUAUUUACAAGGAUAUUGUACCAAAGGAGAGAACUGCAUUUAUAUGCAUAAUGAAUUUCCAUGCAAAUUCUAUCAUAGUGGAGCAAAAUGUUACCAGGGGGACAACUGUAAAUUUUCCCAUGAUGAUCUGACUAAAGAAACAAAGAAACUUUUGGACAAAGUGUUGAAUACUGAUGAAGAACUCAUAAAUGAAGAUGAAAGAGAAUUAGAGGAACUUAGAAAGCGUGGCAUAACUCCUCUUCCCAAACCACCUCCAGGGGUUGGGCUUCUGCCAACCCCUCCAGAGCAUUUUCCCUUUUCUGAUCCUGAAGACGAUUUUCAGACAGAUUUCUCUGAUGAUUUUAGGAAAAUUCCAUCUCUUUUUGAAAUAGUUGUAAAACCUACUGUGGAUUUAGCACAUAAAAUUGGGAGGAAGCCACCAGCGUUUUAUAACAGUGCCUCACCACCAGGACCACAAUUUCAGGGAAGCAGCCCACACCCUCAGCAUAUCUAUAGUUCUGGGUCAAGUCCAGGUCCUGGACCUAACAUGUCUCAGGGACACAGUAGUCCUGUGAUUCACCCAGGCUCCCCUGGACAUCACCCAUGUGCAGGACCUCCUGGUCUACCGGUGCCACAGAGCCCACCUUUACCACCUGGUCCACCUGAAAUCGUAGGCCCUCAGAAUCAAGCUGGAGUACUUGCUCAACCAGACACAACUUUGACACCACCAAGCAUGGGUGGGGCUUACCACUCACCAGGCUUUCCAGGACAUGUGAUGAAAGUACCCAGAGAGAAUCACUGUUCUCCAGGUUCAUCAUACCAGCAAAGUCCUGGUGAAAUGCAGCUCAACACCAAUUAUGAAUCCCUGCAAAACCCAGCUGAGUUUUAUGAUAAUUACUAUGCACAGCAUUCUGUACAUAAUUUUCAGCCACCCAAUAACUCUGGUGAUGGGAUAUGGCCUGGUGAAUUUGCCCAGCAGCAGCCUCCUGUUGUUCAAGACUCACCUAAUCAUGGAAGUGGGUCUGAUGGCAGCAGCACCAGGACAGGCCAUGGCUCUCUGCCUGUACCAGGCCUCCUCCCUGCAGUACAAAGAGCUCUUUUUGUCAGACUUACUCAGAGAUACCAAGAAGAUGAAGAACAACCCAGCAUCCAACAUCAUAGGGCUCCAAGCAAGGAAGAAGAUGAUACAGUUAACUGGUAUUCCAGUAGUGAAGAGGAAGAAGGAAGCAGUGUCAAGUCAAUACUGAAAACAUUACAGAAACAAACAGAAACUUUAAGAAAUCAGCAACAACCUUCCACAGAACUCAGUCCUCCUACUGAUCCAAGACUUGCUAAAGAGAAAAGUAAAGGAAACCAAGUGGUUGACCCUAGACUUAGGACUAUCCCAAGGCAAGACAUCAGAAAGCCUUCUGAGUCUGCCCCACUGGAUCUUAGGCUUGCGUGGGAUCCCAGGAAAUUAAGAGGGAAUGGAAGUGGUCACGUAGGCUCUUCUGUUGGUGGAGCAAAGUUUGAUGUGCAUCAUGCAAAUGCUGGCACUAAUGUUAAACACAAAAAAGGUGAUGAUGAUGAUGAAGAUACAGAGAGAGAACUGAGAGAAAAAGCUUUCUUAAUACCUUUGGAUGCCUCACCUGGCAUAAUGCUCCAGGAUCCAAGGUCACAAUUGAGACAGUUCAGUCACAUUAAGAUGGACAUUAUUCUAACCAAACCCAAUUUUGCAAAACACAUUGUGUGGGCUCCGGAAGACUUACUUCCAGUACCUUUACCUAAACCUGAUCCAGUGUCUUCAAUCAAUUUACCUCUGCCCCCACUUAUAGCUGACCAGAGGCUAAAUAGGUUAUGGAAUACAAAAAGUGAUCUUCAUCAAAAUACAGUGUCCACUGAUCCAAAAUUAGCAGCCAAAGCCAAAAUUAAUACAACAAACAGAGAAGGCUACCUAGAACAAUUUGGAGACUCACACAGUUCAGGAAGUAAAUUAGGAGAUCCUAGGCUACAAAAAAAUUUUGAUCCUAGGCUUCACAGACUGCCCAAUACAGAGUCUCAUCAAGUAGUUAUGAAGGAUUCACAUACAUCAAAGGGUACCCCUCACUUAGCCAGAUCAAACCCUGGUUCAUCACAGCCCUCAGGGGCAGGAACUAGCAAUUCUGGUUCCGGGGCUCUGCCUCCAUAUGCCCCUAAACUCUCUUCCUCAGCUGGCCUUCCACUGGGAACUCCAACUUCAGUUCUUAGUGGUAUUAGUUUGUAUGACCCUAGGGAUCAUGGUUCAUCGUCCACAGCAGAGCUUGCAACAGUUUCUUUAGGAGAAAACUCAAAGAACCAGAAAAAAAGUGGUGGCUUAAAAAGUAGUGACAAAAAUGAGUCUUCUCCUGGAGAAGCUAUCCUGCCACAGAAAACAACUCCAAAUGUGGAAGUCCCUCUUGACGGGCCAGCUGACCCACAGGCAGAUGUUCCCAGGAGUUCUGGUAAGGUUCAGGUCCCAGCAGUGCACAGCCUUCCUAUUCAGGCAUUAACAGGCUUAAUUAGGCCCCAGUACAGUGAUGCAAGGCAGGCAAGGCAGCCAGGACAGGGGAGCCCCACCCCAGAUAAUGAUUCCGGUAGAGAAACAGAUGACAAAUCUCUGAAAGAGGUUUUUAAAACUUUUGAUCCAACCGCUUCACCAUUUUGUUAGUUAUUGUGUAAUUAAGCAGUUCCUUUCACUCUUGUGACUAUCUCAGUCCUCUGCUGUUUUGUAACUGGUUUACCUCUAUAGUUUAUUUAUUUUUAAAUUAUAAACACUUUUCAGCUGCUAGUAUCAGAACCACAUGAAGUUAUAGCCUCUAAAGCCUGUGGUAUUUUAUAUGAUAUUUUUAUAACUUUAAGAGACUGUAGUAAUUGACCUAAAAACUUAUGUUAGUUUCAGUAAAAGUACUUUUAUUGUAAAUAAACCAUCAUGAACUCACACUCUGCUUGAAUAUAUGCCAGUUGUCUUUCAUAAUCAAUGUUUAGAUAAAUGAUUGCCACUUUUUAUAUGGUUGUUUAGUUUCAAGCAAUAUGAUGUACAUUACUUUUGAGAAACAGUAUUUUGACUAGGAUCUCUCUAUUUGUCAGCACAGAACUGAUUAAUAUGUAAUACUAACUGCUAAUUAAAAUGUAAAAUCCAGUAAAGAAAACAUUUUAAAAUCACAGUUAGCAGAGCAGUUCAUGUUUAAGGGUAUCACUUUUAUUAGUAUUGGCAAUAUUAUUUGUGUAAAUGAAGCAUUUGAAUGUCAUAUCUUUUUAAAGUAUUUUAUUGUAUACUGUAUUAUAGAAGUUGGAGGUAUAUAAACAGAACAUUUUGCUAAAGUGAAAAAUUUCCAAGUUCUCUAGCAUAACUUUUUAAAUUUAAUUUUUCAUAUGAAGUAGCAAUUAGUUACUGCUGUGUUACAUUGUGAUGUUUAUGUAUGUCAGUGUUUUUGUCUUUAGCAGCAUAGUUUUUAUUGCUUUUUCAAUAGCUGCAAUAAUUGUGUUCAUCAUGACUUUGGCAAUUUUUAACAAAAUUUUUAAAGAUCCAGUGAGAGUCUGUAGUGAUUAUUACAUGGAUAAUGUUUUAAAUGUCUAGGUUCUGUAUUUUUUCUUAAAUAGCAAGAAAACACAGAGAUUGCAAGCAUAGUCAACAGCAUUUGGCUAUCAAUAAAGAAUCUCUUUCAGAUCUCACUUGGCUGGCAUUCUGUAACAGAGGGGAUUGAUUACCUGGUGUUUUAAGUAUUUAAUGUCUUCAUAGUGUGGAAAUCUCCUAAACUGAUUAGAAACUGUAUUUUAUGAAAAAUAACGUGUAUUCAUUCUUGUGUAUUUAUUGCAAUAUAUAAAUAAUGGCAACUCUUUGUUUUAUACAUACAUAAUUUAUAACUGAAACUAAGUAUUACACUGCUACUCAUAUUCUGAACUGGAAGUGUAGAACAGUGCUGGUAACAACUCCAAUACAUAUUAAUAACUUGAAAAGGACCAUUUCACUAUAAAAGACAGUGAAAGUAAGUGAUGAAAUCAGUCCUUGAAUGAAAACAGCUGCCCUUGAGAAGUGAUUUUUUUUUUUUUAAUAUACAGUAAAAUAUUUCAUGGGAACCUAACACUCAGAUAGCAUAUGGUUUAUUAAUAAUGCAUAUCCUUUCUAAUCACUUCUUCAAUUCUUUCUGCUUCAGUUCUGUGCUAAAAUGGGGUUGUGGUUAAGUGAACAAGAACUCUGCCUACUUAAGUUCGUUGUGUUCUAAGUGGAAGGAGAGUUACUGAAGGGAAUGUGAAGUUUUACUGUUUGUACUUCGGAUACAUUUGCUGUCUGAAAUGACUCUGGAUAACAUUUUUGGCUUCAAAAUGUAAUUUAAAGCCACCAUACAAAGUAUUUUCUAAUUUACUCUCCAAAUGAAUUUUGUUGUUAAUUGAGAAGUCAAUAAAAUGGAUUAAACUGACAGAAAAUAUAUGUAUAUAUAUAUAUGUGUGUGUGUGUGUGUGUGUGUGUGUAUAUAUAUAUAUAUAUAUAUAUAUACCCCAAAGUGUAAUUUACUCUUUUGUCAGGAUAAAAUCAGAAAAAUGGCUGAUUUUAGUAAAUGAAAUUUUUAGCAAAUCUUUAAUUUAUUCAUGUAGUUUAUAGUUACUGUGUCAAGUAAUGAUAUUUACAUUUUAAGCAUCAUACAUUUUAAGCAUAAGAGAAUUUGGCUUGUUAAAGAUCAAAAUAGAAUCCAAACUCUUAACAGAGUAUCUUUUUUACAACUAAAAAAGAUAUUCCAAAAUUUAUUAAAAAGUAAGAUUUAAAAGUUACUAAUGCAAAUUAUGUAAUGUUCCUUUAUUCAGUAUUCUGAGUCCCUCUUAUCUCAACUAUUGUCCUAGAGGCUAUUUUACAAAAAAGUUUGAACUUAGUUUCAAAUUUGACAAUAUAUUUUAUAUGAAAGUGUUUAUGUUUAAAAUAACGAUUUUUAUUUAUUUUACAGCAUUUUUAUUGUGAUAGCAUUAGUUUAUGGGAUAUUCUGUCAUACCCAGUAAACAUAGUUUAUUUUAAUAUUAUUUUUUCCCAUUUUCUCAUACAAAUUGAAUAAGCAGCCAUUUUCCCCUAAUAAAUAGCUCUUCUUAAAGGUGAGUCGUGUUUUUAGAAUCCAUGUGAUUUGAAUUUCACUGUUAGAUGGACAAGAAAGUUAUGUUCCUAUUGUUAGAAGCCACACAUUUAGAAAUAACAGAAAUAACUUGAGUCUUAAGAGUCUGGAUAGGCACAUCCAUGGAGAUGUAACUUAACUAUUCAUACUGUUUGUGAUGAAAAUUCUAUACCUGUUUACUUUGAUGAUUAAUAGAGUGGAUCUAUCAGAGGGCUGAAAUGGAACACACAGAAGAUCAUGAGAAUUUAGAUUCAGCAACUACUUUCCCAUAUCUUUGUUAAGCUUUCAUUGUGAACCUUAAAAACAAAUCAAAUGUUGGUGUGAUUCCAAACUCUAUUUCAAAAAUUGGGUCUGUUUCUAUCUGCAACCUCUGUAUUUCCCAGCUGAAUGUUUCAAACUCCCAAAUUAGGCUGCAACUGAAAGAGCCUAAUUGUGAAAUGAUGUGUGCUUAGGUUUCUGUUAAUCCUUUAGCCAUGGAACUUUGAAUAGUAGUGUUCCUCCUACUUAUUUUAAGAGUGGAAGAACAGUUGGGUAGUAAAGAAAUCCUGUGUGAACUUUUAGCUAAACCACUCUGCUGAAUUAAUUAGAGAGAAGUAGGAAGGCUUUACAAGGGCUGGAAGUUUAAAGAGAAUAAAUUCAUAUUUUUGUUCUGAA